AUGAGUAUUGCUGCAACCUUUUCCAACCAGUGCCAGUUCCAACCUCGGCAUGUCACUGAAGAAGAAGAAGGGCCAUCUGAAGUCUACCUGUGUGUUUUGUGGUACGGAGGUGAGCUGGGAAUUGUUUAUUAUGACACUGGAGACUGCUCAGUAUAUUUCAUGUCUGACACACCUGACAAUGAAGACCUCAAACUGCUUCAGAAAGUGGUGGAUGAGGUAUCUCCCAAAUGUAUAUUGAGUAGUGCCAAACAAGAUUCUAACAUUGCAAAAUUUCUGACCAAUGUAGGUGCCACUGAGGAAGAAAAGCCAGGAGGCGGCAAACUAGAGGUUGUCCUCUAUCCAAAUAUGGAUUUUGGCUUGGAAGUAAGCAAACAAAGGAUUCUAUCAAGGCAAUUCCCUUUUGUCCCUUCUCAUAUUACCGAAACAGAGAAAAUUCUUUAUUUGUCCUCUAUUUUACCUUUCGAGAGCCCUCUUGCACUAAGAGCAUUAGGAGGACUGCUAAAAUUCCUUGACAGGAGAAGGCCUGGAGUUGAAUUAGAAGAUAGUCAUGUUGUUGUCCCUAUCCUGGCCUUUAAAAAGUUUGUAUUGACAGAUAUUGUAAACAUGGAUCAAGACACUUACUGUGUACUGCAGAUUUUUAAAAGUGAAGUACAUCCUUCUGUGUAUAAACAGGCCAGUGGGAAGAAAGAAGGACUCAGCUUAUAUGGGAUUCUGAACCACUGUAGGUGCAAGUGGGGAGAGAAACUGAUGAAACUGUGGCUCAUGAGGCCCACCAGCAACUUUACAGAGCUUAAUAAACGACUGGAUGUUAUCCAAUUCCUUUUGUUAGCUCAGAAUCAUGAAACAAUUCUGACCCUACAGGAAUGUCUCAAAAAUAUAAAAAAUGUACCUCUGAUUCUUAAGAGGAUGGCUCUUUCUAACACAAAGGUAAGUGAUUGGCAGGCACUAUACAAAACUGUUUACAGUGCUGUGUGCCUAAGAGAUAAAUGUCGCUCCCUCCCCAGCACCAUUGAGCUUUUCCAGACAAUUUCACAUGUUUUCACUGAUGAUCUACACUAUAUAGCCAGCCUAAUUAGCAAAGUGGUAGAUUUUGAAAGCAGCAUCUUAGAAAACCACUUCAUCGUCAGACCAAACGUAGACCCCAUAAUUGAUGAAAAGAAACGAAAACUAGUGGGGCUUUCAGACUUCCUUACAGAGGUAGCUCGCAAAGAACUAGAGGACCUGGAUAACAGAAUUCCAUCCUGCAGUGUUAUUUAUAUUCCUUUAAUAGGGUUCUUACUUUCUAUUCCACGGCUACCCACAAUGGUGAACAAGACUGACUUCGAGAUUGAAGGUCUAGAUUUUAUGUUCUUGUCAGAAGAAAAGCUGCAUUAUCGCAGUGCCAGGACAAAGGAACUGGAUAGCUUGCUUGGUGACCUUCACUGUGAAAUACGAGAUCAGGAAACAUUAAUCAUGUACCAGCUACAGUCUAAGAUCUUGGAAAAAUCUGCAGUACUUAGUGAUGUGGUUGAAUAUACAGCACAUUUGGAUGUUCUGUUAUCCAUGGCAGUGAUGGCUCGAGAGAAUGGAUAUACCCGGCCCCGCUUCUCUCAUUCUCAUAUUAUCCACAUAAAAGAUGGAAGGCACCCUCUGAUGGAGUUAUGUGCAAAAACUUUUGUGCCUAAUUCAGUGGAGAGCAGGGAAACCUAUGGGCGGAUUAAGCUUCUUACUGGGCCUAACUCAUCUGGUAAGAGCGUGUAUCUAAAACAAGUAGGCCUUAUUACAUUCAUGGCCCUAAUUGGCAGUUAUGUCCCUGCUACUGAAGCUGAAAUAGGAGCUAUAGAUGGAAUUUAUACAAGGAUCCAUAGCAGAGAAUCAGUGUCUCUUGGACUGUCCACUUUCAUGAUUGAUCUCAACCAGGUAGCCAAAGCAGUGAAUAAUGCCACUGAAAAGUCUCUGGUGUUAAUUGAUGAGUUUGGCAAAGGCACAAAUACCGUGGAUGGCCUCUCUCUUUUGGCUGCUGUGCUGAGGCACUGGAUAACAAAAGUGAGCCGGUGCCCAUACAUUUUUGUUGCCACCAAUUUCCAUAGCUUGAUGCAGCUGAAGCUCUUGCCCCACACUCCUCUCAUGCAGUAUCUGACCAUGGAUACCCAUCAAGAUGGAGAGGAGCUUGUAUUUUUCUAUCAGAUUAAAGAAGGCGUGUCCACGGUCAGUCACGCAGCCAAUAUUGCAGCUUUGGCUGGCAUGCCACCCAAAAUUAUUGACCGAGGAGUAGAAGUAUCAGAGCUGUUUCGCAGUGGAAAGCCUAUCCAACGUACUGACCAUCCCUCAAAAGAGAAACAAAUGCAAAGCUGCAAAUCUCUGGUGGAUAAAUUUCUCUCCCUCGAUCUUGAUAAUUCCCAAGUGGAUUUAAAGGAGUUUAUGAAUCAAGAAGUGCUACCUUCUUCAGCUUCCAUACUGUAACAUAUUAACCUAGAGUGAUUUGAAUAGACAGCAUAUGAAUAAUUGUAAGACACACAAUAAAUAAAUAAUAGAACUGUAUGGUAUAGUGUAUACUGAAUUGUGCAAAGGAGGAAAUACAUCAGAAAGAAAUACUACUCUUUGCUUUUUUGACAUACACAAAAAUCUGAAAAAUUCAUAAUCCACCAAACUGAGCUUCACCAUUAGCCCUUUAUAUUUUACCAAGUGCUUGACGUGUCCAACCAGCGUGUCCCUUCUGCCAUAAAUGAGAGGUGACAAAACUAUGAUCCUGAUGCUGCUAAGCCACCAUACAGCUACUGUUAUGGAUUUGAUGAACCAUAAAUAUGUAUGCACGAG